AAUAUUUCCGUUGGUUGGAAACGGAACUUGUGGCAAAAAAAGGAACUUGUGGCAGUUUGUGCAUAUCAUAUGAUAUUUUUCAUCUUUUGCUGUGCGGAUAAACGAAAAAUUGCAGUAAAAAUAGUUCAGUUCAUGCGUACCAUUUAAAAUCCGACACAGUCCCGGUUCAUCAGCAUUCAGUAUGCUGAGUGUGGCCCGGGGCCUGGCGGCGCGGACCGGUCGGCUGACGGCUUGCAGCGGCGACCGGUGCGUGCUCGGGCCGGCCGGGCGGUGCCAGAGGGCGGCCGCGCUGCGCACCUCGGCACCCCGGCCGGCGCCGCUGCCGCCGGCGGUGUGGCUGGUGCUGCGACCCAUCACCAAGCUGGCGGCCGUGCUGUUCGGCAGGGCGUACCGAAAGUGGUGGCAGGCGCUGCCCAAGAACAAGCGGGCCGUGUUUAUGGCCAGUGUGCGCAGAAAUCGCCGCAAAAUCGCCGCCGCGUCGGCGCUGGUGGGAGGUCUGUCGCUCAACUACUACUACUCGCACCUUCAGACCACGCCCGUCACGGGACGUACCCGAUUCGUAGCCUUCACGCCCGAGCAAAUCGUGAAAAUCUCGCAGGAAGGCUUUGAAAUGAUGAUCGAGGAGCACGCGAUGGACACCCUACCUCCGGACCACGGCUUUUACCGGACCGUGGUACGCGUGGCGAACCGGCUCCUGUCCGCCAACCGAGACCUGGCAGAGAUGCAGCGCGACUGGGCCGUCACUGUGGUGGCUGACGACGCCCAUGUCAACGCCUAUGCCAUGGAGUGUGGCAACAUUGUUGUGUUUACGGGAAUGCUGCUAAUGUGCGACAAUGACGACCAGCUGGGCUGCGUUUUGGGCCAUGAGAUGGCGCACACCGUCCUAGGGCACUCGGGUGAGCGUCUGAGCAAGGCGCACCUGCUGGAUCUGCUCAUGAUCCUGCCGCUGGCCGCCAUCUGGGCCUUCCUGCCCAACGACGGCAUCAGCGUGUUCGCCCACUGGUUCUUCAGGCAGAUGGUCACCCUGCUGGGCGACCUGCCGCACAGUCGCGCGCUGGAGACGGAGGCGGACGAAGUCGGCCUUCAUCUGGCUGCUAGGGCGUGUUUUGACGUGCGAGAGGCGAGCGCGUUCUGGGCCAAGAUGUCGAUGAAGAAGGAGCUGGCCGGCGAGGCGGACGUGCUGGAUUGGCUCUCCACGCAUCCCGCCGACGCCUCUCGACGAGAGGGGAUCGACCAGCGGAUACCGGAGCUGGAGCGGGUCCGGGCGCUCUGCCGGUGUCACCCGAUGCCGGAGCGGGACCCGAGAGCUGUUGUGGAGGAGUUCCGUAGGAUGCUACUGGAGCAGGCCGCAGCCAGACGACCGCACCCGAAGAGCGUGCCUCUUGAACUACCUCGCGCCGGAUCGGGUGGAUAGCCAACUACAAUUAUGACUGUGUUCAACCGAAACAUACCCUGCACCUGCCAGCAAGCGCGGAGAAAACUCGGUCACUGCCUUACAUUGUGAGUACGAAACCAAGAGAAUCAGGUUGGAAAAGCGGCUUGCCACGGGGUUCCUAUGAUUCGACUACCCGUACGAAUACAAUACAUACCUCCAAUAUCGCGGGGCUCAAAUUUCACGCUGCACGAGUCUGUGGCGCGUCGAACACUGCAUUUAAUUCGACGGUGCUUAUUGUGCUCAUUGUGCCCCCUCGAAACUACCAUCCAGAGUAGCUCAGGACAUGUAAUGCCUCGACUGAGUGUCGCCAGUCCUUUCGCGGAUGUGAUAGUGCAAUCUGGUGCGUGUAAUAGAUGGUGAUUGGUGCAGCUGCUGCACUGUGCUUUGUUGGUGAUUGGAUGAACCUGGUGAUAACUUUUUAGUCAGUUUUAUGGACAUGGUGUGACAACUUAGGAAGUGAGUGCUGUUAUAGUGAAUUUGAGGUAAUGAAGGUCGUUAAAGUUGUUGAGACCGAGAUAUACUGUACUUUGUUGAAGACCCUGUACGAAGCGCAUAUUGUGAGUGCGAUUUCUUACUAGUUUGAUUGGUCGCCUCAACCACGCCAUGAAUUGUGUGCUAUUUAACGUUUGAUAUGGAAUGAAUUAUUAUAGCCUGUUUGGAUAUACCGUGUACGAAUCUGGCAUUCUGUCGAGCCUGCUACCGAGCCCAGAUUUCCCAGUUCAUCUCAGACCUAAAAAAAAAUCGCUCUAUCAGGAGGAUUCUCUGAUUAAGACUUGGGAUGCUUGGGCAGUAAUUAAUCUUGACCCAUUUAAGAAGGCUGAAACACAUCGUGAGCAUUGCUCUUAACCCGCGAGUUGCUGGGGGGGGGCGUUAAACGCCCCCACUUUUUUCGCCGGUCCAUAGCAUAAAAACGGCGCGCCGCAGGCGCGCCAAAUUUUGGGUACCUGUAGGGAAUUGAAUAAAGUGUAUUGUGACAAAGUUUCAAAAAAAUCGGUCGGAAAAUUUUUGAGAUAUCGAGGUUUUAGUGACGUCAUGAUUUCUGAGUUUUCGGCCAAAAACGGCAUAUGUUCAAAAAAUCAUAUAAAAUCACAGAAUAGACAUACAGACAUGCCGUAAACGCCAUUAGACUGCCAAUACCAUGAACAAUCAAAUGGCUAUCUUCGAUUAUUGAUUAUCGUUCCGCAUUUUCCAAAAUCUUGAACUGAAUCUUGGGAAUUUCUCGUGACUUCUUCACGACCAUGAUACAUGCAUUUCUUAAAUUGAACUUUUUAAGCCAAACACGUACACAUAUGAUAAAAGGAAUGUCACCAUCGUGUUCUACGCUCCAAAUUACCCAUAAAACAUGUGUCACAGGCUGCGAAUAUCAGUUUUGAUUUUCGGGGAUAUGUGCCUACCCGGUUGACCUGACCUUGACCCUGACCUAUGCUUUACUGACCCCUACAUGGAGCUGACACUCUUGUAGGCCUUAUAUGAUGGAUUGUGCACCGUUUUGACAGAGUUUAUGACGAGAGGCGCCCAUUGCGAAGUCCUGAAGUCCAUGCUACUGAAAGCCCGAUUUCAGGUGUUUGACCUGACCUUGACCCGACCUGUGACCUCAAAAUUCAACUUUAAAGUACUCAUCUGAAGCGUCUCGUCGCGUUCUUUCGUUUGCCGCCUCGUGCGUUUCGCUGCGCCUAUUGGUUCUCGAGUUAUUGGCUGGGGGCGUUUAACGCCCCCCCCCAGCAAACGGUGGGUGGCGAAAUACCCCAGCAACUGCCGGGUUAAAGGUAGACUGCCACCUUUUUUUCCACAAAACGGUUUUCACUAGAGCUGAGCCACCUAUGUCCCAGACUGAAGUCGGUUUUCCGAAAUUCGAACCCGUUUGCGAGAAAUCGGAGACCAAAGUUCAGUUUGAUGCCAUUUUUUUAGUCCAAGAAAACCGACAUCUCUACUGUUUAUCGAUAACUUUGAAACAUGAAUUUUCUUAUCUUUUGGUAAAUAUAUGUCAAAACUUUGAUUGUUUCGAGAUCAGAGAAGAAUUUUGGAGUGUCAAAAUAAAAGUUAAACUUAUAUAUUCAGUAGUUCAUUUUUUCCAAAAAAGUGUGGGAAAUGGGGUUUAACAUGGGCCAGACCCAUUCCAAAUGAGCCAUGAUUUUUAAAUGUUUUACGAACUUAAAUGCAAAAUAAAUUAAACAUGGCCAAUAUCUUAUGAAAUCAUAUAUUAGUAAAUCAUAAAAUACCUUACUUUUUCAAAUAAAAUGUAAUAAUCUUAUGACCUUGAAGUCUAGUGAUGUGUAAACAUUGUCGCUAGACAUUAACCGAUUGAUAAUUGUAUGAUAAUCGACAAUUUUUUUCGCGAUUCACGUGAUGAUACUUUGUCAGGUGAAUUCUAAAAUUUUGUUUUGUCCAGGGAAUAAAUCAUAGGCCGAUCUGAGAAAACUUUUUGAAGGUGGCAGUCUUCCUUUAAGUCCCUUUAAAUUAGCAUGAUAAAUUGUCAAAAAAUAUAUAUGAUGAAUGAU